GUGUUUCCCAACCAGGGUGCCUCCGGCUGUUGCAAAACUACAACUUCCAGCAUGCCCGGACAGCCAACGGCUGGAAGUUGUAGUUUUUCAACAGCUGGAGGCACCCUGGUUGAGAAACACCGAUUUAUGUGUAUGAUGACCUCCCAACUUCUUCUCCCCAUACAUGCACGCUCAGCCAAGUGUUCUAAUGGCCAAGCAAGCAUUUAUCCAAUAUUUGUCUAAAGUACAUGUAUGGCCAGCUCUAGUCAUAACUCAUUGUAAAACACUUACACAAUGCCUUGCAUAAGGUUAGAGAUAAAACACACCUCUUAUUUCAUCAGCCAUUGCUGCUGCACCUUGGAAGUUUCCCAAACUCCAGUUUUACAGCCUGGCCUAUCUGUGCAGUGCUCACAAGAACAUCUUGACCUGGACAAGAAAUCCUGAUAUACAUCUAGAACGAGACAAGCAGCAGCAUGUUUCUGCUCUUGUUGGUUUUGGAUGUGACUAAAUCCUUAUUAUAACUUCAAGAAGAUAUACCCGGCGAUGCGCGGGGUGACGCCGUAUAUUUAUGGCCGGGAGUUCUGCCUUGGUGAAGAUAGGAAGCCUUACAGAUGUGAGAUCGGAUACUGUUGUGGGGACACUGAAUGCUGCACGUACUACUAUGAGCUGUGGUGGUUCUGGUUGGCGUGGACUCUUAUUAUCCUGGCCGGGUGCUGCUGUGCUUAUCGUCACCGCAGAGUUAAACUGAGACAUCAACAGGAGCUGAGACAACGGGAGAUCAGCCUCAUGGCCUACCAGGGAGUUGCUCCAUCCGCCACUGCCGCCGCUGCCUUAGAACCAUGGCCCACCUGCAAACUGCCCACCUAUGAUGAAGUGACACAAGACCCUCCUACACCUCCACCACCUUAUUGUGAGAUUCUGGACGAGAUUCCCUCCGGUCUUGAUCCUCCAGUCAGUUCCAUGGCUUGGUCUCACCAAGAGGACCCUUCUGCUGAGGCAGCAGAGGGAUCUACAGAAGAACAUCAGCAACAUGACAAUGUAGAUCAGAGGAACUCAAGUGCCUUAGAGAGAAGACGUCACGUCACUGGGGACUCUGGGAUUGUACUUUGUGAUGAGAAGGUGGCCUGCCCCUGUGAGAAGGAAGAAGAGACUGACUUAUGUCCAAGAGUGUGUGUCAGUGUGGAGGCCGAGACCUCAUCCGUAAGGGAAUAAAUAAUCUCUGGUCUAUAAGCAGUAGUGGGCAUAUAGGAUGAGAAGGGGCUGUAUCACAAAGACAUUUACUUUCAAGGGCUGUUACUCUGGGGGUGCAGAGGCCUCGCCAACCCUGACAACCCUCUAUUUACUGAAACUAUCCUUGCACUGAUGGCAUCUUCUUACGGAGCUUUUGCACUUUUGUUUUGUAUGUUUGUCGGCGGAUUUCAUGAAGAAUCCAAGUUUUCGUUUCCUUGUUAUUAUUUUUUGUACAACGUUAGACACAUUGUUAUAGACAUCAGAGAGCUAAGUAAUCUCGUAUUCACACGACAGAGAGAUGUCUGCUUCACAGAAGAGAAUACUGAAAAAUAAACCAACUCAGUUCAACAUGUGUUUAUUUAUUUUUAACUUUUAUUUUUUGCAAUUCGGAAGUGGUUAUGGGCUGUGCCUGUUGUCAUAUUUAAAAA